AUGACGGGAUCUUUUACUCUAUUAUCAGGAACUUUGAGGACAUUUCAAGUGCACGCCUGCGAUGGCGAAGAGUUAAAGCUGGAGUGUCUGCCAAAUACGGUGAUCAGCAUCUAUUUGGCCCAAUACGGACGCACUGUGCCGUCCCAUCAACUCUGUCCCACACCAUCUCCAUCUUCCUCCACAUCACUUUCAUCACACAAUUCUUCGAUCACUUAUAACGAGACAACCGAUUGUUUGACAUCCGAUUCGCUGAGAUACUCUCUGUUACAAAAAGUCGAGUCUUCAUGUCGUGAACAACGGGUCUGUAAGUUCAUGACAUCUCCGCAAUCGUUUGGUGGUAUAGAUCCCUGUCCUGGGGUCAGGAAAUACGCGGAAAUUGCAUUCAAAUGCAGGCCCAACACGUUUUACAACAAAGUCGUUUGCGAAGGCGAUAGGCUUCGGCUCAAGUGUCACAAGACGUCGAGAAUUGUCAUAUAUUCGGCGGCCUUUGGGUCCACACAGUCGGGAGUCCCGGAGUGUCCGCAGACGGACGCCAGUCAACCGGUCUCGCAGUCGAUCACACCGUCAGAAGAGUGUCGAGUGAGUUAUGCGACGGAAACUGUGAUGAGCUCAUGUCACGGACGCAAGAAGUGCUCACUCGAGGCCGAUGUCGGCACGUUUGGCGAUCCCGGAUGUGCUAAGUCUACUCGCCUUCACUUGAAGGUUGUCUACACGUGUGUACCGAAGGACGCGCUCAAAGAGUUGGACAUCGGAGUGACGGCCGCCGACACCGAGAAGACCGGCGGUAAUAGUGAUAGUCUGUCCAAUGAGGACGGCGUCGACACCAGUGAUUACACGGGCUUUGUUGAAGAGCCCCGAUAUAUACCGGAACAGGAGGUGUCGUCAACGCCGCGCUCUUCUGGCCAUAAAGUGCUAAAAGAAGAUCCAGUGGUCGUCUCCACGAAGAAUACGAACCAAAAAAGUGAUAUAAUUCCCAAUAAUAGUAACUAUAAUAUCGCUAAUAAUAACAGCGCCGACAGUGAUGUUAACUGUACUUUAAUAGCGCCGCCAGAAAAGGUUAUCGGCUUUAUAUCCGACUGGAUAUCAGCCGUUAAUUUCAUUAAAAGAAAUACAGAGCGACUGCUUCUGUAUCUAUUGGUGUCAUUGUGCGGAUCAUUGGUUUGCUUCUUAAUAGUAUUGUCUUCGCGUUUAUUCAUUCAGAAGAGAAGAGUCAUAAAGAAGGCGAACGAAGAUAUGCCGGCCUGUCAUCCAUUCGGCGUUCUUACCGACGAACACGUGGACGACAUACUGGACCAGUUGGACGGCGUGACCACUUUGACAGAACCCCUUAACCAUAGCCACAGUCACAACCAUCAUCACCAUCCCAUUCAAGUGGUCAGAUAUGGCAACUCUAACGGUGCCAAUGGUGUCAACACAAACACUGCCACCAGAACCUCCUCUAUUAGGAGACAAAAUAGUGAUACAAAUCCUCGUUCAUUGACUAGAAGUCUAAAUAAUUAUUAUUACAAUUGA